CUGCAAUCAAAUUGUGAUUACAGAAUCUCUAUAUGCAUCCUCAUCCUCCACUGAGAUCAAUGCCAGCGCCACCUUUGUUUGCCCAAUUUGAUGAAGACAGCCAAUCUGAUACAUAACAUCUGAUAAAGUACUAUUUGAAAUGGUAGGAAAAGCACUUCAGAGCUGACUUGUAAAAUAUAUGAUGGUAAAAGAAAAGCAAAGAAAACUUUGAUGGUAAUGGCAUUGCAAAAAUAUAACGCUGCCAAGCCUUGAUUGUUGAGGAAGCAAGCAUGUACAGAGCACUUACUAGGCCAUGCCAUAAUGACUGCACAUAUCCACUAGGCCUAUGCCCUCCCAUGCUUUAUUGCUCAAAUGGGUAAAAAGAAAAUUGAUUAAUGUCUCAGAGAAUUGGCAUUGAAACCAUGGUGACUGAUGUAAGGGGUAUUCAAGGCCAUUAAACCAUGGAUUUAGGCACAAGUUAAACAAACUAGGAUCACCUGAAAGUUGAGCCUUUUCUUUGUUUGUUUCCUGGUUUAGAUUAAAUGAAACAAGAGAAAAGGAAAUUCUGAAUUAAUGAAGAAUGACUGCUCAUAUUAGCUAGCUCCUCUACCUUGAUCAGAGUAGAGAACUCAAUCAAUAAAGUGACCACUUCCAAGCACAAAAGGAAAACCAGGCACUGACCUGGCCAGAAAAGUGCUUGCUUUGAUGAAUACCAAGCGCAGGCAAUUAUUACUUAUCCCACAUAAAUCUUCUUCAGAAAACCAAUCUCACAGAAGGUACACAAUUUCUUGCUUCUCACCAUUCUAUAAAUGACCUCUUUUAGCACUUAUCUUGAUAGCUCAAAAAAUUGCAGCACUAUGGCUUCUGUCUUUUUCUUGUAUUUCAUCCUUUUCUCUACAUUCUUUAGCAGUCUUAAUUGCAAAUUCUCUGAGCAAUUCCCUUUGGCCAUGUCAACAAAACGAAUGGAGAAAAUGACUCGCCUGCACUUCUACUUCCAUGACAUUCCAAGUGGAAGUAACCCAACAGCCGUCCUGAUUGCUGGACCAUCGAGUAAGAUGGCCAAUAGAUUUGGCAGCACUUUCAUAAUGGAUGACCCCUUGACAGAAGGACCAGAAGCUACUUCAAAGCUUGUGGGAAGGGCACAGGGUCUGUAUAGUUUGGCUUCACAACAUGAUAUGGGGUUGCUGGUGGUUAUGAAUUUUGCAUUUGUGGAGGGUAUGUAUAAUGGCAGUACAGUAAGCAUUCUUGGUCGUGAUCCUGUUUUCAACAUAGUGAAGGAAAUGCCAAUAGUUGGAGGCAGCGGAGUUUUCCGAUAUGCUCGAGGCUAUGCUUUGGCAAGGACAGUCUCUGCUGAUCAGAAAACAGGAAAUGUUGUUGUUGAAUACAAUAUUUCUGUUGUGCACUAUUGAAUGUUUUUGUACAAUGUGUGGUGCUUGGUUUGUUCCUCUCAUUUGUCUCUUUUAUUCAGCUCUUCGGUGAAAAGUGAAAGCGUUUUGUUUUUUGCAGAGUUGAGAAUGGUAGUAUAUAAUAAGUUUUUCUGAGGCUGCUGUGUUUCAGUUUCUCUUUGACAAUAAAUGAUAGUCAUAGAAAAUUAUUUCAUCUGGCUUUUAUCAGAUAUAAACCUCUAAUUCAUCAGGAGAGACAACUUGCAA